AAGGAAGCAAAAAGAAAUUUAAUUACCCAUAUUAUGGCAAGGUACCACCACCACCACCACCACCACCACCACCACCACCACCACUCAGGAUAUCUGGCUGACGAUGAAGGUGGUCACAACGCCUACAUAGCUCGGAUGCAGCUGCCCAAGAAGCACCUGUUGCCAGAAAGGGGACCAACCCGCAAGUCUGGACAUGUGCCACACCUACCAUCAAUGAACCGAUACUCAGAGCACCAGGGCCAGCAGCAAAACCCUAGGCGCCCUCAGGCAUUUGGCAGCUUCCUGGAUUUCCUGACAGAGGGUCAGGUGCUGGACAGCUUGCAGACAGUAGUGGAGAAGGCAACAGAGCAUUUGGCUGCCACAAAGACAGAGGCUGGAGUGCCACUGGUGGAUGUACAAGACCCACUGGAGGUGCCAAGUGGUAGGCAGCAGACUCGAGCCAGGCCCAGCAUCAACACUGUGCAUCGGCACCGUGCUCGGCCUACGCUGUGUGCUGGGCACCCAAACAAUUACCCAUCUUGCUCCAGCUCCAUGUCUGACUCCCACAGCAGUGUCACAGCUGGCUUGCUGGGCUCCCACAGCCACGACAGUGGCCCUGGUGGCCGAGGCAUAGGCUCACUGCCACCUAUGAGGGACAAACUCCUGCUUGAGAAAAACCUCAAGAGGCUACUGCGACUGGAGAACAAAGGGAAAGGCCUGAAUCAAUCCUGCUCCCAGAGGGAUUCUCUACUGUGGGAUUCACUGGGCAGCCAGACCAGCAGUCAGUGGACCCGGGAGCAGCCCCUGUCUUGGUUCUCUGGGCUUUGGGGCUCCAGCUCAGCCACCCCUGAAACAUCAGAGUUGGGACUUGGAGAACAGGAGAUGAUUUUUCUCAAGGAAGAAUUGAACAAGGAGAUAAAGUCACUGCUGAACCAGCCAGCAUCAUUCAACCUGCCUGCGUAUUGUUCACUCAGGGAGCCCCAUCGUACCCUGGACUUCCUGGCUGAGCAUCAUCUCUUUCCUGCCCUGCAACGUGUAGUCAGCCAGGCUGUAGAUAAGCUCAGCCAUGCCUGCCGCCAUGAUGGCUUUCCCCUCUUCCCUGUUGCCUCAGAGCCCACCCCAAUGAUACCUGGGGACUCUGAUCUUCUGCAGCAGAAGGCAUCCAUACCUACCAGCAGGGAUGGGGAGGAGCCUUGUGAUUCUCCCACCACAGCCUCCAGCCCUAAGACAUCACGCAGGAAAAGCAAGGGCAGACAGGACUCCCCCUCCACGUCUAAUGCCCAGAUGGCUACCAGAUUCAGGCUCAAGAGCCCCAGCACCAAGUUGCCGAGGAAGAAGCCUCUGCCGUCCAUCUCGUCUGUGUCUAGCUUGUCCUACAUCUCUAACCCCUGGUUUGAGGAACUCACUAACUUUUUGAUUGAGCAGGCAGUCUCCUUGCUUAUCUGCAAGUACAAGUUUGAGGAGAGCCUCAAUAAGCAGCUUGGCUUCGUCUCCUUUCCUAUCACUGAGCUUCUCAUGGACAUCUUUUUGGGUUUCAAGAAGGUGAAGGGCACCCACAUCCGUCUGUCCUCAGACAUCAACUGGACCUGCCUUCUGCGCAAGUUGGAGGAAGCUGAGUUGGCACGGCAGGCCAUACGCCGUGCCUCCAAGCCAGGAGCCUCCCAACCUAGUGCCUCCCGUGUUGGCACCUUGCGGCAUAGCACAGAACCCCACUCUGUGCAACAGGAGCACGCUGGUAACACCAGUCAGGACCGGAGUGCAGAGUCCCGCUUCUCCCUCCGCCCUGAGUUGCCGAUCCGACAGCUGCUCAGCCCUCGGGAUCCUGGUACAGGCCAGGAACAGAGGCCCAGAAGCCCUUCAGAACCCAAGCUGUCUGCACUCUCCAAUGCUGGUAUUGACUCCAUAUCCUCCAAGUCCAAGGAAAUAAUAAAUAUUGAAGAGGGCGUGGAAAGUGAGGAGCAGGAAGAGGAGGAGGAGGAAGACGAAGAGCAGGAAGAAGAGGACAGAGGAAGUGUGGAAGAUGAAAUCAAGGAUCCUUCUGAGGGUGAGCUCACCCCCACUAGUCUGCCUGAGCCUGAAUUGGAGGACUUAAUCAAUGAGUUCACUGUAAUAAGCCCCAAUGACUCCCCAUGAGACCCCUGUAAGCCACACAGAGUAUUCCAUUCCUUGCCUCCUCCUGCCCUAUCCCAGUAGCUGGCCCCCCAGCCAGCCCCUGUCCUGAGUAAGGGUCAGGCAACCAAGUGCUCAGCAAGAGCUCUGCUAAUGUUAUCAAAGGACCCAGAAUAAAAUGGGAAUAAAUUACAUGUUGAUGGACACA